GGCCAUAUUACAACAUCUUUCGUAUAACUCCAAAUACUCUCUUCUUUCAUCAUCAUCUUCCACCUCCGAGUCCGAGAUCAGAAUCCUAGACUAUGGAAUCUGCUGCUCUUCUACAUUCUUCUCUAACUAGAUUCUCUUGUCGUCAAAACUCCACUCUCCGUCUCUCUCGACUCAACUCUACCACUCUCCCCAGAGAUGUUCUAAUUCGCACCACUAACUCCAAUACUCUUCCCCGAAGAUCACUUCGUCUUUUUGCCAAAGCUGCGUGCGAAAACCAUCAUCACUAUCACCAUGAGCACGAUCAUCAUCAUCACCAAAACCAUCACCAACAUUGCUGUUCCGUAGAACUCACGGUAUCUAAUCAUCUUCAGAAGUUGUUGCUCAAGUUCGCUAAAGCUAUUGGAUGGAUUCGCUUAGCCAAUUUCCUCAGAGAAAAUCUCCAUCUUUGUUGCUCAUCCGUCGUACUCUUCCUCGCCGCAGCGGCCUGUCCUCACUUGAUGAUUCCUAAACCUUACAUUACACCAAUUCAAAACUCCUUCAUGAUUGUUGCUUUCCCUCUUGUUGGAAUUUCAGCAUCUCUUGACGCACUUAUGGAUAUAGCUGGAGGAAAAGUGAACAUCCAUGUUUUAAUGGCAUUAGCUGCUUUUGCUUCUGUGUUUAUGGGAAAUGCUUUAGAAGGAGGAUUGCUUCUAACCAUGUUCAAUCUUGCUCAUAUCGCUGAAGAGUUUUUCACUAGUAGGUCCAUGUUGGAUGUUAAAGAGUUGAACGAGAGUAAUCCAGAUUCUGCAUUGGUGAUUGAUGUGAAUGAUGAAAAUGUACCAAACUUCUUCGAUUUGACAUACAAAAGCGUACAUGUGAAGAAUGUAGAAGUUGGAUCCUAUAUUUUGGUAGGAACUGGUGAGAUUGUGCCUGUGGAUUGCCAAGUCUAUCAAGGUAAUGCAACCAUAACAAUUGAGCAUUUGACUGGGGAAGUGAAGCCAUUGGAAGCAAAAGCUGGAGAUAGAGUUCCUGGUGGUGCAAGAACUUUGAAUGGCAGAAUUAUUGUGAAGGCUACAAAGGCGUGGAAUGAGUCGACACUUAACAAGAUUCUACAAUUGACUGAGGAAGCACACUCUAAUAAACCCAAACUUGAGAGAUGGCUUUAUGAGUUUGGUGAGAUUUAUAGCAAGGUGGUGGUUGUUUUGUCAGUUGCUAUUGCCUUCCUUGGUCCGUUCUUGUUCAAGUUGCCGGUUCUCGGAACCACAGCAUGUAGAGGAUCAGUUUACAGAGCAUUGGGAUUUCUGGUGGCGGCGUCACCGUGUGCCUUGGCAGUUGCUCCAUUGGCUUAUGCUACUGCAAUAAGUUCUUGUGCAAGAAAGGGAAUAUUGCUGAAAGGUGGGCAAGUACUGGAUGCUCUAGCUUCUUGUCAUACUAUUGGUUUUGAUAAAACCGGGACCUUAACAACCGGAGGCCUUACAUGCAAAGCAAUUGAACCCAUUUAUGGGCAUCAUCAAGAAGGAAAUAAUGAAAGUGUAAAUCCUUGUUGUAUGCCAAAUUGUGAAAAUGAAGCAUUAGCUGUAGCAGCUGCUAUGGAGAAAGGUACCACACAUCCUAUUGGAAGAGCCAUGGUUGACCACAGUGUUGGGAAGGACCUCCCUUCUGUUUCUGUUGAAAGCUUUGAGUAUUUUCCUGGUAGAGGCCUUACUGCUACUGUUAACUGUAUUGAGUCAGUAACCGAAGGUAGGAAACUGCGGAAAGCGUCACUUGGUUCAGUAGAAUUCAUUACUUCGCUCUUCGAAUCACAAGAUGAGUCUAGAAAGAUCAAGAAUGCUGUAAAUUCUUCAUUGUACGGAAAUGACUUUGUUCAUGCUGUUCUUUCACUUGAUCAAAAGGUAACAUUGAUUCACCUCGAGGAUCAGCCUCGUCGAGAGGUAUCAAAAGUUCUAACAGAACUUAAGAGCUGGGGUAAAAUGAGAAUAAUGAUGUUAACUGGAGACCAUGAGUCAAGUGCUUGGAGAGUUGCAAAUGCUGUGGGUAUUGAUGAAGUCUACUGCAACCUAAAACCAGAAGACAAACUUGAUCAUGUCAAAAACAUCUCAGAAGGUUCAGGUGGAGGAGGUUUAAUCAUGGUGGGAGAAGGCAUUAACGAUGGUCCAGCUUUAGCAGCUGCAACCGUAGGAAUUGUUCUUGCUCAACGUGCAAGUGCCUCGGCUAUAGCCGUUGCUGAUGUCUUACUUCUUCAAGACAACAUCACUGGUGUUCCUUUCUGUAUCGCCAAAUCCCGCCAAACAACAUCACUGGUCAAGCAAAACGUGGCUAUUGCGUUAACCUCGAUAUUCUUAGCCGCUCUUCCAUCAGUUCUCGGAUUUCUUCCCUUGUGGUUGACGGUACUAUUACAUGAAGGCGGAACACUUCUCGUUUGCCUUAACUCGAUUCGCAGUUUAAACGAUCCAUCCUGGUCAUGGAAACAGGACAUUGUUCAUGAACUUCACCUCAGCAAAACCCAUCAGCAACAUAAAACGUAUAGAGAUGGGAAUUGAUAACUAAGUGGUUUGUACUAGUACCGUCGCAUAAUCGCAUUAGGACAUCACAAACUUUGUUCUCAUGAACACUUUUAUGGACCAAUUUCAUCAAA